AUGUACCGGGUUGUAGGGAGACAGCUUGGGGCAGUCCAGCUGCGAGUCAUGGCAUGGGCUAGACAAUACGUAAGCGGCGACAUGGGUCAGCCGGCAGAGUUUGAUAGCGCGGAUGGUGGAGGAAGGUCGCUUCGAGGUGCGCUAUUCACGCAUCGCCGGCCCAUUCCGAUUGCCGGAGCAACUGGCUGCAGGAUCAAACCUGGUGAGGCCAAGUAA